AUGGAGCGGCGAAGCCAGGGGCUGAUGCUGCUGCUGGCUGCCCUGGCCGGCGCGCAGUAUGAGAAGUACAGCUUCCGCGGCUUCCUGGCUUCGCUGGAGCAGUACAAGGGUGAGGGCUGGAAGCAGAGCAUCCCCACCCUGGAUGCCAGCCUGCGCCUCCACCACCUGCUGCGUAACAGCGAGGCGCACUGCCACCAGGAGUGCGCUGCCAGCAGUGGCAAGGCGCCAAGGGAGCCCUGGCUUGAAGAGCCGGGCCCCGGCGCCGCACCGGACGAGGGGCUGGCUGAGCUGGAGCUCUUUGGGCAAGUCCUGCACGACUUCCAGCGACACACCCCUUACCUGUACCUGCACUACGAGCUCUAUAAGUGGCUCUGCAUCGCAACCCUGGCCUUUCUUGGUGGAUCAACUUUGCAUUGUUACAGAUGCAAAUUCACCUUUUUCGACCUCCCCUGCUACACCACAAAUGUUACCUGCCAGGCUGGAGAGGUUUGUGCCACCAUCACUGGAUCAGCAGUUGGCCACAAGGUGAUCAAGAAGAAGGAUUGUGUCGCCCAGGAGAAAUGCAGCACAAACUCCACUGACUCCUUUGCAAGCAUCAAAUACACCACCUCUUAUAAAUGCUGCGAAGGAAGUGCCUGCAAUGCAGCCACCACCCUGUCCUCCGCUCAUCUUUCCCUAUCCAUGGGGCUGGCACUGCUGGGCAUCUGGUUUGCUCAGCUGCUCUAA